UUUUCCAGGACUCUCCUCACCUCGCCAUUCUUUGUCAGCCUGGGUGUAUUCUCAUUGUCUCCCUGCACUGGAAGCCUACAGCCAGGGUGGUGACAGUGGACUGUGCAGCUGAACAGCUAGGCAGCUAUAACCAGGAUUUGCUCAUUGACAUCACUGGGCGUGACCCCUCAGACCAUCCUGAUGGCAUACUCUACAGACUGCUGGCUCAAGUAUGCAAGCCAGGCAUAGUGUUAGACAUGGCCUCCAUUUUUGAGGAACACCAUCUGUGCCCCAGCAGUAGCCAGCUUUCAUCUGAGCAGUUUUGCAAUGCUGAAUGCAUCUUUGUACAGGAUGAAAACAAAUUUAUCUUCAACAAUAUUCAAACCAGCCAAGCUCGCUUCAAACCCGCCAACAGCAGCAAGUUCCCCUGUGUGCUCAUCUUAGCCAUCAAAAGUGUUGGGCCCAAGUUAAUUGGACAAAUCGAGGUGUUUGAUAUGCCUACAACAACACUGAGCUUUUCCAGCCAGUGGUACACCUUUGCUGUUGUUACCUUCACACCUCAAAGAAUGCAGUUAUACAGUGCUGUGUUUGAGGCCCAAGUGGAGGAAAGUAGCAGAAUGACACCCACUAUUAGGAACAAGGUGCUUCAGUUUGACCUUCUGGGAUAAGGCACUCUUCCCAGUGUUUGUGCGGUACGGCCAGCUCUUGAGGAGCACUGAAGGAAGCCCAGUGCUGUACUUCAGGCGGGUACUUGUUGGGUGUAGACAUACACUGUCUCUGGCGCUGUUAAAUAAUGGAAAUGUGCCAGGUGAGAUUGACAUGCUGGAUAAACAUGGUGUGUUCAACCUCAAAGCUGGUCUUGGGAGUAAUAACAUCUCCAUUAACUCCACACAUCUUCCC